AAUUGGCAGCAGAUAUUCCAGUGAUGUCAACUGCAGCUGAAGAUGGUCCAAGCAUGAAUAUAUUCCGGCCAUCCCGACUGCAACAGAGAAGAUCUCAUGAAGAACCGAUUCUUGCCUCUAUGGAGUACCCAAGUGAUGAAGACAUCAGAGAGAGUGGUGGCGGUAUUUUGGAGUUCACACCUGCAAAAGCUGGGCUGGAUAUGACUCCAGCGAACUUUGACUUUGAAACAAAAGAUGAGAAAAAGCGAGCAACCGCUGGUCUUACAAGUCUUGCAGCUGGAGCUUUAUCAAGUGUUUCCAACACUUUGAUGAAUGUGGUGGCCAGUCGCUACGAUGGAAGUAAACGGAAUCAAGAGCUGGCUCCUCUUCUGCAAGAUCAAAAUGCAAGUCCUGAGGCUCAUGCCAAAGGGACUUCCAUCUCAUCAGUACCUAAAUCAGUAUCAAGCACGACAUUGCCUGUGUCCAGCCCCUCAACUUAUUCUCAGUAUGACGAACAUGGACAGUUAUUGGUGGCCAUGCCAAAUAUGCAAGGAGAGGUCACAUUCAUGACUUCAUCUCCUCUGGAGGUUGAACGCAGGCUAAAUGAGCUCUCCAAGCAGCUUACCCGCUUGGAGCAUAAAAUGAGCUCUGAUAUAGCACUAAUUCUCCAUGUGCUUCAGUCGCAAGGUCACAGUCAACUUACCUCUCCUUCCUCGCCACCUCCUCCUCCACCAAGAAUGGGGGAUACUGAAACAUUCCCAAGCCCUCCUACUAUGGAUUAUAGUAAUGUUUAUGAUUAUCCAUCACCUCCUCUCACUUUCCCUCCACCACCUGCAACAGAUACAAGUACAGUACCAUCUGGAUCUGAUGUCUCAUGGAUGACUCAGCCAGCAUACCCAGACAGUUCCUUAACUCCUCAUGCUGUGCCCCCUUCCUCUUCAAGUAGUCAUUCCAUCCCUUCCCAUUUGCCAGAUCCAAUGUCCCCUUCAACCUUUGCAUAUGCCCAGUCACAGUCUAGCCAAUCAGAGGGUUCCACAUCAUCUUGCAUGUCAACAGCCAGUCAAAUGUAUCCUUCAUACAGCAAGUAUCCCAGAGAUGGUCAGUUUACAUCUGGUACGGUUGAUCAGACAUCAACUGCCAGUAAUUCAAUGGUGCCUAUAUCAUCAGAAAGAGUGGAGUCAUCCCUCUCGGGCAGUCGUUUAACACUGCAAGACAGUCAGCUUCCACGUUUACCUAUAGACUCCUUUCAGACCGCAACUGUGGGUCCAGGAGCAACAGAAAGUGCAUUGACAUUAGAACAAAGGCAACAGACAAGUUCACAGGGUAGCCAGUCUGAUGAUUCUGAACUCUAUAAAGACACUGUAGUAUGA